AGGUGAGGAACCGUGCAGAUGGAAUGGAAAUGGCUGGGAAAGUUGGGGUCGGCGGCCGUGCUUGGAUUAGUUUGCCUCUUGGUAUCAUUAGCGGUGGUGUCGUCGGAGCGGAGCAUUGGAAUUGAGGGGUUGAGGGGGACAAAGAGUACUGUUCAGGAAGAGGAUAUUGAAUCUAAUUAUAUUGCAAACUCGCUUGUUUUUCUAUGGCAGACUGAUAGAAAUUCUUACAAACCUGUUUGGCCGCCCAUGGAAUUCGGGUGGAAAAUUGCGGUGGGUUCCAUGAUUGGGUUCUUUGGAGCAGCGUUUGGUAGUGUCGGGGGAGUUGGUGGGGGUGGAAUUUUCGUGCCCAUGCUCGCUCUCAUCGUUGGUUUUGAUCCCAAGUCUGCUACAGCAAUCUCAAAGUGCAUGAUUAUGGGUGCAGCUGGUUCUACUGUUUACUACAACCUUAAGUUGAGGCAUCCAUCUUUACAUAUGCCCGUCAUUGACUAUGAUCUAGCUUUGCUCAUUCAACCCAUGCUUAUGCUAGGGAUCAGCGUCGGCGUCAUUUUUAAUGUUGUCUUUCCUGAUUGGAUGGUCACCGUCCUCCUAAUUGUCCUAUUUAUCGGGACCUCGACCAAGGCUUUCAUGAAAGGUGUUGACACAUGGAAACUGGAGACAAUUCUUAAAAGGGAGGCUGCUAAACGCUUGGUACCCAGUGAGUGCGAAGACAUCGAGUAUGAACCUCUUCCUAUGACUCCUACUAACAAUGAACAAAAAGGUGCAGCAGUGACAACAGAACUGGAGGUUUCACUUCUUCAAAAUAUAUACUGGAAGGAGCUCGGCCUGCUUGUGUUUGUAUGGAUGUCAUUUCUUGCACUACAAAUUGCAAAGAACUCUACAGCUACAUGUUCCACAUGGUAUUGGAUAUUAAACUUCCUACAGAUACCCAUCUCAAUCUCAGUUACUUUGUAUGAAGGAAUUGGUUUGUACAGAGGGGAAAGAGUGAUUGCCUCCACGGGAGUUCAAGGUUCAAACUUAAAAGUAAGCCAAUUGUUGGUAUACUGCUUUUCCGGAGUAAUUGGCGGUAUAGUAGGCGGACUACUUGGUCUAGGAGGUGGCUUUAUUUUGGGUCCAUUAUUCUUGGAACUCGGCAUCCCUCCUCAGGUUUCUAGUGCAACAGCAACUUUUGCCAUGACUUUCUCCUCAUCCAUGUCGGUCGUUGAAUACUACCUUCUAAAACGUUUUCCAGUCCCAUAUGCUGCCUACUUUCUCCUUGUGGCCACAGUUGCUGCCUUUGUGGGGCAACAUGUAGUCAGGAGACUGGUUCUUUUAAUCGGGAGGGCGUCUCUUAUCAUCUUCAUUCUCGCUUCAACAAUCUUUAUUAGUGCCAUCACUUUAGGUGGUUUUGGUAUUAUCAACAUGAUCCAAAAAAUCAAGCAUAAUGAGUACAUGGGUUUUGAGGACCUUUGCAAAUACGAUGCAUGAAAUGUACAUAUGUUCAAUGACUUUGUUUUUUGUUAAAUUUGUAGCUUUUAAUCUCCUAUUAGGAGGCAAAGGCUCUAGCUUAGUAAGAAUUGGACACUAUUUUAUUGGAGUAGGAAAUAGUCGCUGGUAAAUAUUCUUCUUGGAUAUUAUGCUUCUGUAGGGUUGUAUUGGAUUCAAUACAUUUAUAUUUGAUUGUCGUAUCAAUAUCUUCGCCAUGGAGUGGGUAAUUGUAAUGACAUUCUAUUGAGUAUAUAUCAAGUAUCAUU